GCCAGUCCAGCUAUGGCUGUGGGGCUAGCCACGUGAAGUGGAAAACACCCCCGAUGCAUGAGAGUGUACACACCGGGAAUUCUCAGCCUUGCUACCUUAAGAACUUCUCUGAUUUUACAGUUCUAUGCUUUUAGUAGUUUUUCCCAAUGAAUUUUGAUUUGUAAAAUUGAUCUGCCUCACCUCUGCUUGCUAACAAUGAGCCCGUGGGCUUUGGUAGCUAGUAUAACAUCCACACUGGCUAUAGAAAUCUCUCGUGGGGUGUAACUCCCUCCCCAGAUGGCGUUGUCAACAUCCCUUAGUCACCUUCACUGGUUAUCCUCCUUUGUGCCACCACAAUGUGAACAAAAAAACAACAUAGACUAAAGGACUGGUAUUUAUAUAACUAAGACCUCAAACAGCAGGUUAAGGACAUACUAAAACCACAAAAGUCAUAUUCAUGGUGGUACUAGAGUAAAAAGGUCAUAUCUGUACAAAAUGCAAAGCAAUAUUUUCAAGAAUGCCCAUCAUUGAACAGAGGUGGUGGCUUACAACAUCAGCUGUCAGCCACUUACAAUGCAGUCUUAUGAUCCCUUCCCUUCAACUUCAACCUCUUCUUCAUAUCUCGCCUCCAGUAACUUUAACAAGUCACAUGAUGAGGUGGCACAAGGUCUCACAGACGUUUCACCCUUGACCAUGAGUGAUGGUAAUUGCCUUUUUUCUCAUCUUGGCUUAUGUGAUGCUUCACAUGACCAAUAUUGGGUCAAGGCUAGGUCAAGGAUAACAUAUACAUAAGAAUUUAUAGCCUUUGCUCCAUUCUUUGUUGAAGGACCUUUGACAGCAAUUACAGCCACAAGUCUUUUUGAGAAUAAUGCUACAAGGAUGCUUAGCUCCAUCCUGUUUCCACCGAUUCUAUCAGAUAUUGCCAACAUGAUGAAUCGCUGUAGAACGUUAUUACUCAGGGAGGUGACCAAGAACCUGAUGGUCACUCUGGGAUUUCUCUGUAAAGAGAGGAGACCUUUCCAGAAGAACAACUAUUUCUGCAGCACUCCAGCAAUUAGGCCUGUAUGAUAGUGACCAGAUGGAAGCCACUCCUCAGGAAAAAGCACAUGACAGCCUGCCAAAAGUUUGCCAACAGACACCUGAAGGACUCCCACAACCUGAGAAACAAAAUUCUCUGGUCUGAUGAAACAAGAAUUGAACUCUUUGGCCUGAAUGCUAAGGGUUAUAUCUGGAGGAAACCAGGCACAGCUGGGCAAUACUAUCCCUACAAUGAAGCAUGGUGGUGGCAACAUUAUGUUGUGGGAACUGGGGGACUUGUCAAGGUCGAGGGAAAGAUAAAUGCAGCAAUGUACAAAGUCAUCAUUGAUAUUAACUUGCUAUAGAGCACUGUGGUCCUCGGACUGGAGCAAAGGCUCAUCUUCCAACAGGCCAAAAAACUUGAGCAGAAAUCCAAGACAAGAAAGCAGUGGCUUCUGGACCACUCUGUGAAUGUCUUUGAGUAGCCCAGCCAGAGCCCAGACUUGAACUCCACCGAAUGUCUUUGGAGAGAUCUGAAAAUAGCUGUGCACAAUCCUCCCCGUCCAAUCUGAUGCAGCUUGAGCUUGCCAAAAGUCCUUCAAGUACUGAGGAAAGGUCGUGAAUACUUGUGUACAUUUCAUAUUUUCUAUUUUGAAUACUUAUGUACAUUUUGUAGUGUCCAGUGUAAGUUUUGGACAGAUAGGCAAUGGCUCCUCACCAUUACAUAAGCUCAUUUGUCAUUUUGUCAGAUGAAAGGAGCAGCAUGUAGUAGAGAAAUGUGAAAAUGUCCUGUGUCACUAGAUCAAACACCACUACUGACAAUAAAACUAAGCAAAUUUAGAGCUGAAGUUUGGAUUAUAAUACAUUAUAAUACAUGAUAAAUGGGAUCCUUAAUAAAUGCACCAAGCAUAAAACUAAUGCAGCCUCUUCUUGCUUCUUUUUAGACCUUUAAGGACUAGAAACGCAUAAAUACUUCUAACUGCAGAAGCUGCUGACUGGAUUUUUAAGUAUUUGUAAAACUUUCUGAAAAUCUUAUCUCAAGCAGACAUAAUGUAAAAUGAUAAAGUGGAAAUUUUAUGUUACUGGAUAUUCGCUUAAGCUAAAACAUGCAAAGCUAUUGCAUUGUAUAGGGCGGCACUGGCAAGAUGAAACACAAAAUAUAACACACACACACAAACAAAAGACUCCCCGCCCCUCUUAACCCCCAUAUAAGAGCUGUGUGAUACAAACUAUCCAUGCAGUUACAGGAUUAAACGCAUGAUGAGGAGCUUCGUCUUGAGCACAGCUUUAUUUCUCUCCAGCCUCAGCUGGAUCUUUGUCUCAGGUUCUGAGUUUCAGACUGUGGAGGUCCAGCUUGAUGAAGAAGUCACGUUGAAGUGCUCCAACAUUUCGAGUCAUCCAACACAGACAGACUGGUUCAAAGUUAUCAACAGAACUAAGCCCAGCUGUGUUGCUGCUAUGUAUGGAUCUCAAGGCAAAGCUUCAUUCUGUGAUGGAUUUCGAAAUGGAAAAUUCAAUAUGAGUUCCAACAACACCUCUGUGUUUCUUAAAAUCACACAAGUGGAUUUAUCUGAUGUCGGGCUGUAUUUCUGUGGAUUUUACGUGAAUAAGCAUACGGUCAUUUCCAAUGCAGUCGAGUUAAGAAUUCAAGGCGGUGAAACCAAUGAAGAAGAGGAUUUUAAGACUGAAAAAGAGUCUGAGAGAAUGACAGACCUGAUAAGCACCAUCCUGGGUGGUCUGGCUGGUUUACUCACUAUAGUGGUUAUUAUUCUGGUUUUAAAAAUCUGGAAACUUCAAAAAGUGGCAGAACAAGAACCAAAAAGCAACAAGAAUAUGAGCUCAGACGAUCUGAACUACGCAGCUCUGAACUUCCAGAAAAAAGUCCAAAGAAACCGAAGGCCUGUAACACAGAGAGAGCUGGAGCCACAUGUUGUGUAUGCUGCCACCAGAUAGACUCGUGCUUUGUGAUAACCUGCAGAUAAGGUUUUGUUUUGUGGAGGAUAUGGCAAAAAAUAAAACAAAUAAAAUUUG